AUGACAACUCAAGUCUGUGGAUUAUCAUCGGCUUCUUCUAAUAGCUGUUCAUUGACGCUACCACCGGAACGCGCUAUAAUUAAUCUUACAGUAACUGAACCAGCUGUGACCUCUCGCUACUAUCAUUACUACCUGGAGUUCGAGUCCAGAGAUACCGUGGGAGCACACUAUAGAAUGACAUUUAAUCCAGAAAUAUUUUUCAACGUCUUAUUACCACCGAUCAUAUUUUCUGCUGGUUAUAGUAUGAAAAGAGCAAGUAUUCCUUUCACUUGUAAUAUUUUUAGAAACACUUUUUUAGCAACUUUGGAGCAAUCACCACAUAUGCUUUUGCUGGAACGUUCCUUGCGUCCAUUGUUACAGCGUACGUGGUUUAUUCAUAGUCACCCCUGUAGAUCUCUGUGCUUUGGACUGUCACGAUUCAUCCCACAUCUCAACGCAGGCCUUCGUUUUAGCGAUUGUUUAUUUUUCGGGUCUAUCAUAUCUGCUACUGACCCUGGUAACUCUACUUCGGCACCGCUCAUUUUUUUUCUAGUUACUGUUUUGGCCAUUUUUCAUGACUUGAAUGUUGAUGUUGACAUAACAGUCGAUAGAUUCGACCCAGCAGUUCACGGUGGGCUAACGGAUCGGUCUUUAUUUUCUGCCGUAUGGAGCUUCAUCGCCAACUUUGGGAGCUCCUUUCUCCUUGGUUCGUCAAUUGGGUGCUUUAUAGCUUUGUUGACAAAAUAUACGUACAUUCGAGACUAUCCUCUACUGGAAACCGUCCUCUUUGUUCUCUUAUCCUACGCUACAUUUUUCCUCUCAGAAGCAGUCGGUCUAACUGGUACGUGUAGAUUCAUUUGUGCAUUUAUGUUGGCUUUUAUAUUUGCCUUUUUUUCUGCUGACUGCAUCACGACUAAUGAGGCCGGUUGGUCUGAAACCAUUCUGCUACUGCGGUUAAUGCUGCGUUUUCUCAUUAUUUUGACUUUUCAUUUAGGUAUCGUUGCACUUCUAUUCUGUGGUGUUACACAAGCUCACUACACAUUUAAUAACCUGUCGCACGAAUCCCAAUUUAGUACAAAUAAUCUCUUUGAAGGCUCUAAAUUAUUAAAUACAGAAUCUGUGAUUAAAUAUUAA